AUGCGGAAGCAGCAGGCGUCGGCGUCGGCGUCGUCUUCCUCCUCUUCCUCGACGGAGACCAAGCCGCUCCGCCGCCUGCUCCGCCGCGGGCCGAAGCCGCCGGAGCAGGAGCCGUCCCUCAGCCUCCCCCUCCUCCGCGACCCCAACGACGCCGACAUGCCGCCCGCGUCGGCUCCAACUCCAUCACCGACCCCGCCGCCUCCCGUGAGCACGUCGCAACACCAGCUGCCGCCAAAGAUCCGGCUCACGGCAGCGCAGGGCGGGCACCGUGAGCCCGCGACGGCGCCACCAGGAGCAGGAGCUGCCCACGACGCGGACUCGCGCGCGACGUCCCUCUCCUCUCCCUCACCGCACACGACUCCCGAGCGCAGACCCUCGCGAGGCGAGGCCGGAGAAGGCCGGGGCGAGGUGGAUCCGGGUUGGGGUCAACAGAUCCGAGCGGCUCCAGUUCGGAUCUGGCAAUAGACGGGCGCGAGGUGGCCGACGGCGGAGCUUUGAGCUCGGGCUCCCAUGGCGGCAGCCUCGCAGCAGGGAAGAGGGAGACCGAGUGAGAGAGGAAACGUUUUUUUCCAGAUCCAUAUAGGGACUGCGGGUUGAAUACCCAGAAAUGGAGGGGGUUUUGUGCAAAACUACCGACGACGUAUGACAGAAGCGAUCGGCGCUUUAUUAUUAGGGGAGAUAUAUCAAGACUUAAUUUGCUUGGUUGAUCUAAAAAAGAGAGGAGACGUACACUAUGAUUGGAUUUGUAUGCAAGUUCAACUCUUCAUCUGUCAUCA